AGCUAUACACAGCGUCUCAAGCAAAACACUUCGCCCAGCCGUAAACUCCUUGUGUGCUGGAGGGCCAGGCCAUUGCUUUGCAUUGAGACGGUUAACAAUACAAUGACUGUCCCUCACAUGGUGUGUCUAAGAGAACUUCCAGGAGUGACAGAUGACAUCACUGGAGGUGUGACUGGCUGGUGCUGGGCUAUGAAAGGCUCUUGUGGAAAGCUGGAGGGCUCCUAUACUGAGCAGUACAGAGCUGUGCAGCUCUCCUGCAAGCUGAGAUCUAUGCUGGCAGAGGGGAUUGCUCACUCAGGAUCAUCCUCCACUGUCCCGUAGCUAAGUUCCCCUGGCACUGGGGGGUAGGCUGUGCAUUGUGCACGGUUACACAAAGCCUCUGGGAAUGAGGGAGAUGAGCUGAAAGAGACAUUUCUGCACUUCAAAGAAAUGCACGCAGACAGGGCUUGCUCUGCUGGCUGUGGCUUCAGACCUGGAGCUCAGUUUAAAAAGGCAUCUGUGACCAGAUCGAAGAAGUCAGAAGCCCAAACUCAGCCUGAAUAAGGAAGCAGUCUGUUCUCAAUGAGCUGAGUGGAAUUGCUGGCAUUGGACAAGGACACGGGACAGGAACCGGUCUGCAAACUGAUUCCUGUUGCACUGCUGAAGGAGGGACAGAGUAUGCAACAUUUGUGGACGGGCACUUCGGCCAUGAAUCCAGGGUCUGUGUGUUGUCAGGACCCAUGCAGUUAUCCUGCCCUGCUUGUCACAUAUUCUACGCAGUAAAACUCUGAUGUGAGGAAGCAUGAGAGGGGAAAGUUUACUGUCCUUGGAAAGAUUAGGUGGGUGUAGACUUUGCAGGAGGAGUCGCUGGAGGGUACUAAGGUCUCGAUGGCUUGCGGCCAGCUUGACUUGCACUAUCCUGGUCAUAUAUAUGUGCUCCCAGGACCUGUUGCUCAGCUCCAUGCGUUUCCCUUUAUUAUGGGAGAGUUCAAAUCCACCCAGACAAGUCACUGUCCUUAUCUGGUAUGAGCCCUUUGGGAAAAGACGUAGACUGGGCAAUUGUCACAUCCUGUUUAAUAUCUCUGGAUGCCACCUGACAACCAACAGGAGCCUCUAUCAAGAGGCAGAUGCCAUCCUUUUCCACCAUAGGGACAUCAUAGACUAUACCGACUUUCCACUGAUGGGAAGACCAACCUUUCAAAAAUGGAUAUGGAUGAACUUUGAAUCCCCAUCCCAUUCUCCGUGGCUGUAUACCUUAGGAGGUGUAUUCAACUGGACCAUGUCAUACAGAGUGGAUUCGGAUAUUUUCGUGCCUUACGGUUAUUUAUUCUCCAGGAAACGUGCCAAAAUUUUCCUACCACGCAAAAGAAAGCUGGUUGCGUGGGUCAUAAGCAACUGGAAUGAGGACCAUGAAAGAGUCCAGUAUUAUAACCAACUGAGGGAAUAUAUCGACAUUGACAUAUACGGGAGAUAUGGGAUGGAGUUAAGAGAGGAUAAUAUUGUGAAGACAGUCUCAGAAUAUAAAUUUUACCUCGCCUUUGAGAAUUCUCUCCAUACGGAUUACAUUACCGAGAAACUCUGGAGAAAUGCCUUCAAAUCGAGUGCUGUCCCCAUUGUCAUGGGUCCCAGCAGAUACAACUACGAGAUGUUCAUACCUCGGAAUUCCUUCAUCCAUGUGGAUGAUUUUUCAAGCCCAAGGAAGCUGGCCAUGUUCUUGAAGUAUCUCGACAAAAAUACACAUCUCUACAGAAGGUAUUUCACUUGGAAGAAACGUUAUGAUGUCCAUGUGACUUCUUUUUGGGACGAGCAUUACUGCACAGCUUGCGAAACUGUGAAAACAACUGGAAAUCAGUAUCGGACAGUUUCAGAUCUUGCAGGCUGGUUUGAGAGCUGAUAAAAUCUAUCUCUGUACAAUUAACUGCGGUUCCAGACGUAAGGAGCCUAUCAGAUCCUACAGGCAGCUUUGAGAGGUGAUGAAACAGAACGUAAAGUGAUUAAUAUAAAACAAAUAAAUAAAUAAAACCACACGAUAUCAGAUUGAAUCAAACUUCCCUUGUCGGGUUUGUAGAGUUUACAUUAAUCUUGUAUAUGAUUUCACAAAACGUACUGGCUCAUUUUCAAUAAUGAACUUCAAACAUGUCACCAUUAUUAGUCGUAAUGGUAAUAUUUUAAAUAAUAACCAGGCAAAUUCUUCUUGCAAAAGAGAUGUUAAAUGUGAACGGAAGAUUGGUAAUCUGUUCUGAUAUUGGGCAAUCAGCAUGUGGUGCAUACUAUUAGAUGGCAUUAGAUUGGAGACUGGCAUAAAUGAUUUCGAACGUAAUUCAAAAUACAGGGUCGAUCUGCUGAAA